UUGCCAUAUUUAAAACUUACUGUAGAUGAAACUGCAACAGCAGGUGAUUUUUACAUACAAGGCCUUUCUUUUUUCGUCUGACUGGUUACUGUGGGGUUUCAAAGGGAAUAGUUGCUUACCACAAGUAAGGUGGUUACUGGACUCCCUACUUAGUUUCUGCUUUGGGCACAGUCAUUGGCAAUUGCAGAGUGUGUGUGGUUAAAAAAAUAUCAUCCAGGACCUGGGACAGCGGCACAAUCCCUUUCCCCCUCUGCAGAACACCCAAAUGUACAUCUGAGACAGGCCCAAGAUGUUCAAAGGCUGGGGACUCGUUGGUGGGGUUGUGGCUGCGUUGGCAGCUGGUGUCUAUGUGCUGUGGGGCCCUAUCUCUGACAAAAAGAAAAUGAGAAAAGGGUUGGUUCCUGGCCUCCUGAAUGUGGGUAACUCCUGCUUCCUGAACGCGUUACUGCAGGGCCUGGCGUCAUGCCCAUCCUUCAUAAAGUGGCUCCAGGAGCUCUCUGGACUGAGGCAGCGGGCCGGUCACCUUUCCACAACACUUUUGGAGCUGCUCAAGGCUCUUUCUAGUUACAGUCCUGCGGAGGAAGACGUUUUGGACGCUGGUUGUCUCCUGGAUGUGCUGAGACUGCAGAGGUGGCAUAUAAGUUUAUUUGAAGAGCAGGAUGCUCAUGAGCUCUUCCACGUGCUCACGUCUUCUCUGGAGGAGGAGCAGGGUCGACAAGCCACCGUCAUCCACCUGUUUGACAUGCAGUCGCUAGAGAGUUCGUCAGAAUCGGGCGAAAGCAGUCUGUCGUGCAGAGUUCCAGGACCGUUACAUUCCAUUCCUAAACUUAAGAGGAACCAGCACCCGUUUCAUGGUCGCCUGAUGAGCUGUAUGGUGUGCAAGGGUUGCAGACAACAGAGCCCAGUUCGGUAUGACUCCUUUGACAGUCUGUCCCUCACCAUCCCCCCUGCCCAGUGGGGUCAACCUAUCACGUUAGAGCAAUGUCUUCAGCACUUCAUCUCGUCAGAAACUGUCAGUGAGGUGGAAUGUGUUAAUUGCACAAAGCAGAUGCAAGCAGUUGAAUUCCCAAAUGGACACAUCGGGGAAAAUCACAGGUCAACUUUCAUUAAGCAGUUGAAGCUUGGCAAGCUCCCACAGUGCCUGUGCAUCCACCUGCAGAGGUUAACGUGGUCUAGUGAAGGAAGGCCAAUGAAGAGACAUGAACAUGUGCAGUUUAAGGAGUAUCUGUCCAUGGACUCGUAUAAGCACAGUUUCUUUGGCUCCAGUCAGCAACAGAAGAACUGCACAUCUCAGUCAGUACACUCCCAGAGCAGCGGGGUGGAUUAUUCCAACGUUAUGCCUGCUUCCACUGGACACUUCCCUUCAGCCCUGCCUUCGUCUUUCAGCCAUCCCCUCAGCUCAGCACAUAACCACAGGUGUUUAAAAUACUUCUUCAGGCUGACGGCGGUGGUGGUGCACCAUGGCGACAUGCACUCGGGUCACUUCAUCACCUACAGGCGGUCGCCAGCCUCCCCUCACUCCUCCGCGCCUCUCAGCUCGCAGUGGCUCUGGGUAUCCGACGACACGGUCCGCAAGGCCAGCCUGCAGGAGGCGCUGUCCUCUACGGCGUACCUCCUCUUCUACGAAAGGGUCCAAAGAUCCCCCACCGCUCACACAGAAGGGUCUGGGGAGCCCGUCCAUACACCUCCUCCCUCCCAUCCAAACCACUCUACAGUGGGGCAUGAACAACAUCCCACUGACGACACAGAAGAAUGUGGAUUAGACCAUAAACCGACACUGCCAAUAGAAGAGUCUGGGAUGACGAAUGAAGGACAAUCAUCAUCCCAUUGAUGCCCCUCUGACCCCAAUAAACGCCUCGUGUGCCAUAGAAUUUUUGCACUCUCACCCGUUAAAUACAUGGAGAAUUUGAGUCAGUUGCUAGGAAUCCUCCACAGGUUAUAACCGUUUCAAAACAUGCUCUCCUGUGCAAAUUCAUCUGUUACAGUGGUAGCGUUGUUUAUCCGAACUGUUCAACUACAUUUUCUAUGAAGUUUGUGCUCAAAUAGGCCCUACGGAUCACUUUGUGUUAAACAGGGAAGUAUUUGGAAAUGAAGAAACUUUAUAAGAAAGUGUUGCUGGAAUGGCUCUUUCUGUGUACAGUAUGAUCUCUGUGAGGUACUAAUUUCUUUGAAAUCCUGCGGUUGUAUAUAUUUGGGUGUUUGCGAUGGAAGCAAACACAUCGAAAAUAAAAUCCUGUCGCAUGAAUUGUG